CGGCUCGGCCAGCCCCCUGCGCCUCCCCGCCACGCCAUGGAGAGGAGCAGCGCCGGGCGGGAGCCACAGCCCCAGCCCCAGCCCCAGCCGGCCCAGGGGAAGCCACCAUCCCCGAUGGGAGACAGCGUCGUCCCCCCCGCCUCGCCUGGGGGUGCCCUGCAGGGAGAGCGCACCCCCCCGCAGCGUGACCUGCCCGUCCCUGCAGCCGUGCUCCCCUCGGCGCAGCCCCUGUCUCCCAUCCCUGCCACCAUCACCCCUUCGGAAGAGCUCGUCUCAGCCGCCCCUGCAGCCCUGACCCCCCCCAAGCACCCCAUCGGUGCCCCCACCGUGACACCCCCCUCCGGGAGCACCCCCCCACAGCGUGACCACCCCAUCCCUGCAGCCGCCACGCCACCAGGACAGCCCGGGUUCCCCAGCCCUGCAGGCCCCUCAGCAGAGAGUGCCCCCCCUCAGUCCCUGCCCAAGCCCCCCCCGCCCGUGACAGAGCCCCCCAAAGCAGAGGCAUCACCCCCCGCCCCCAGCCAGCCCGUCCCCAUCCACGCUGCUGCCCCUUGCCCAGCAGAGCCCCUGCCCCACGGGAGCGAACCCCCGGCCCCAGCUGCCAGUGAAGGGCCCCCCCCCGAUGCCAAGACCCCCGUGUGUGGCACAGCCGGGCCCUCGAAGGAUGCCCCCCCCCGGAGCGACCGCCCCACCGCGGCUGCAGCGUCGCCAGCAAGUGCCGCCAGCCCCAGGCCCAAGCAAGAUACCCAGAAAGCGCAGGCGAGGCACAAGCAGGCGAAGGAGCGGCGCGAGGAGCGAGCCAAGUACCUGGCCGCCAAGCGGGUGCUGUGGCUGGAGAAGGAGGAGAAGGCCAGGCUGCUGCGGGAGAAGCAGCUGGAGGAGCGCCGCAAGCGCCUGGAGGAGCAGAGGCUGAAGGCGGAGAAGCGCCGCGCGGUGCUGGAGGAGCGGCAGAGGCAGAAGCUGGAGAAGAACAAGGAGCGCUACGAGGCAGCGAUCCAGCGAUCGGCCAAGAAGACGUGGGCAGAGAUCCGGCAGCAGCGGUGGUCCUGGGCUGGAGCCCUGCACCACGGUUCUCCUGCACACAAGGAUGGUGCGAGCCGGUGCUCGGUGUCCGCUGUAAACCUCCCCAAACACGUCGACUCUAUAAUCAACAAGCGGCUCUCCAAAUCCUCCGCCACCCUCUGGAACUCUCCCAGUAGAAACCGGAGCUUGCAGCUUAGCCCGUGGGAGAGCAGCAUCGUGGACCGGCUGAUGACACCCACCCUGUCCUUCCUCGCACGCAGCCGCAGCGCCGUGACGCUGGCUGGGAACGGCAAGGAGCAGGUGCCCGUGUGCCCCCGCUCGGCCUCCGCCAGCCCCCUCAGCCCCUGCCACAACCACCGCCUGCAGCACCGCUGCUGGGACAGGCGGAAGGGGACCACGGCCAGCCCCGACGUGACGCCGCGCCGCAGGACCGAGGCCUCGCCCAAGAAGAAGGAGAAGAAGGAGAAGGAUCGGGAGAACGCCAAGGAGCGCAGCGCCCUGUCCCGCGAGCGCAGCCUCAAGAAGCGGCAGACGCUGCCGGCGGCACAGCCCCGGCUCCUGCCCGCUGCCGACAGCAGGUAGGGACCCAGCACCACCGGCCCCUCGCCCCGCUGCCACGGGGGCAGCCCCAGCCCCGCUAACACCGUCUCUUGCUCUGUUUGCAGCCCCGGCCCCAAGAACCGUCCCUCGUCCCCUGCCACCCCCAAAACCCGUCCAGCGUCCCCCAGCCCGGCUCUCGGCUCUCCCCACAAGCCGCCCCUGCCCCGCAGCACCCACUCCUCUCCCAAGGUGCGGGCCAGGGCCCGGGAGGAGCGGGGGGAGCAGGAGAGCCAGGCGAAGGUGCGGGACAGGAAGGAGGAGGAGCGGGGCCCGGCCCCCCCGGCCCUCCCCGAGCCCCCCAAGGCUCCCGCAGAGCCAGCAGCAGCUCCCCCGGCCCCUGCAGCCCCCAGCCCGGCUCCAGCCACCCCCCCGGGCAGACCCCCCGCCGGCACCACGGACCGGGAGGAGGCUGCGCGGCUGCUGGCGGAGAAGCGGCGCCAGGCGCGGGAGCAGCGGGAGCGGGAGGAGCGGGAGCGCCGGGAGCAGGAGGAGCAGCAGAGGCGGCUGCAGGAGGAGCGGGCGCAGCGGGCGGCCGAGGAGCAGGCGCGCAGGGAGGCCCUGGCGCGGCAGCGGGACGAGGAGCGGCGGCUGCAGGAGGAGCAGGAGGCCCAGGAGAGAGCACGGGCGGAGCGGGAGGAGACGGAGCGGCUGCAGAGACAGAGGGAAGAGGCCGAGGCCAGAGCACGCGAAGAGGCUGAGCGGCAGCGGCUGGAGCGCGAGAAGCACUUCCAGCGUGAGGAGCAGGAGCGGCUGGAGAGGAAGAAGCGCCUGGAGGAGAUCAUGAAGAGGACGCGCAAAUCUGACGCAGCAGAUGCCAAGAAGAAGGAGGACAAGAAGGUGGUGAAUGGCAAAGCAGCCGAGCAGGACGAUGUCCCCGGCCAUGAGAAGCACGCGGGGCCCAUGUCAAAGCAGGAGGAGCUCCCCGAGAUGGAGACACCGAGCGCAGGGACUCCGGGGGGGCUGAAGGGCCUGGUGGGUGAAGGGCUGCAGCCAAGCUCCCAAGCCAAGGAGGUGGCAGCCCCGGCCUCCCUGGUGAACGGCGUGCAGCCCGGCAAGCACGAGAACGGCUUCUCGGGCCCGGAGGGCUCCAAGGAGCUGCUGGAACUCUCCCACCACAGCAGCAGCCCCGGCAGCAUCAUCCCCUUCAGUGACAAGGAGCCCUUCCUCAAGCAGGCCGUGGUCAAGCCCCCCCAGGUCACAGAGGUGCUGUGAGGCCGGGCCCUGGGAUGUGUCCCCGCUGGGCCGCGCAGCCGGACCAGUGGCUGUUGUCAGAAGAGAACAGCUCGC